AUGGGUGACUACUCGAAAGCACUUGAAUUUUACGAAAAAUCACAUCAAAUCUACGAAAAAGCUCUGCCUUCGAAUCAUCCUCAUUUGGCUAAAUCAUACGGCAACAGCGGUCAAGUGUAUAAUAACAUGGGUGACUACUCGAAAGCACUUGAAUUUUACGAAAAAUCACAUAAAAUCUUCGAAAAAGCUCUGCCUUCGAAUCAUCCCUCAUUGGCUACUUCAUACAGCAACAUCGGUGGAGUGCACAGCGACAUGGGUGACUACUCGAAAGCACUUGAAUUUUACGAAAAAACACUUAAAAUCGAC